AUCCUGAAUCUGAAGGAUGAAUCGGGAAAAGCUGUAGAGGUAACAUUAUGGGGAGAAUUCUGUAACCGAGAUGGUCGGCAACUUGAAGAGAUGGUUGAUUCAGCCUCUCACCCGGUUUUAGCUAUAAAAGCUGGAAAAGUAAGCGACUUCAGUGGGAAGUCUGUGGGGACAAUCUCUUCAACACAGCUCUUCAUAAAUCCAGAUUUCCCUGAAGCCCAUAAACUGAGGAACUGGUUCGAUCACGGGGGAAAAGAUACUGCAUCCUUCUCCAUUUCUAGAGAUACCAUGCCUGGAGGAAGUUCAAGGAAUGAGAUAAGAAAAAGUGUUUCUCAGAUCAAAGAGGAAGGCCUUGGAAGAUCAGAGAAGCCUGACUGGAUCACUGUGAAAGCAACUGUAUCAUUCAUCAAAACAGAUAGCUUCUGUUACACAGCUUGCCCUUUGAUGAUUGGAGAUAAACAAUGCAACAAAAAGGUGACACGGUCUGGAACAAACAGGUGGCUCUGUGACCGGUGCAACCAAGAGUCUGAUGAAUGCGACUACAGAUACCUGCUUCAGGUGCAGAUACAAGACCACACUGGGUUGACUUGGGUAACUGCGUUUCAAGAAACGGGAGAAGAAAUCAUGGGAUGUCCGGCUAAGAAGCUUUACGCAUUGAAAUACGAACUAGAGAAGGAGGAAGAAUUUGCAGAGAUUGUUAGAGACAGACUGUUUCAUCAGUAUAUGUUAAAGCUGAAGAUCAAAGAGGAAUCGUAUGGGGAUGAACAAAGAGUUAAGAUGACAGUGGUGAAG